AUGGCGACAUGGAUGUUUAACUGGGUGGCGAAGGUUGUGCCACAUGCUCCUAAUACACAGGAUGAUCUGGAGGACGAGGCUAUUACAUCGAAUGGAAAAACAUCAAAUCGAGACAAGGUCAACUCAUCCAGAACAGGCAGAGAGGAUGACCAAUCGUCUCAAACCUCACAGGGCAGUGUCCAGGCUGGUAUGUUAAAUUGGCUAUCCAAUGGUUUUGCGAGCGCACUCCCUCAGCCAGCAGGAAGCCCACUUCUCCCAAGAGCCAGUUCUGAUGCUAAAGCGCUGCAGGAUGAAGGAUCUGGAGAAAAGACUGGUGUUAUUGGCUGGAUCUCACAGGGAAUUGGAAAGGUCGUCCCGCAGCCAGAUGAGAAAUAUUUGCGGGAAGAGCCUCCAGAAUCAGAAGAAGUCACAGAGGUUUAUGAUGUCAAGGACCUUUCAGACAUGGAGCCCUUGCCACACAUACCAGUAGUAGAACUGGUGUCAGAAGAUGAGGGACCUGAGAUGGAAAUUUCUGCUCAGUUCCCUCCAAAAGUAAUAACCUGGAUAAAGAACGCUAUUCCACAUCAUGUGGCCAGACACCCAAAUUCCAGCUCUUCCUCACAGCGCUCCUCACAGUGCUCAAACAAAGUUUAUUCACCUCCUCCUGAAUCAAUAGCCAGCGUGACGGAGAUGGAUUCAAUAACUCCCAGUGUGGUGGGCAGGAUUGUCCAAGGCCUGGGUCUUUCAAUGCCGGUGCUGAAAGGCAAAGAAGGAUGUUUGAAUGUCAAAGUGUCUUUACAAGCUUCAAGCAUGGCUGUAUCUUCAGCAGGUGUCGGAUCGGAUCUCAUUCUGGAGGAGGUUGAUUCUGAAGACGAAGCCCCGGCAAAAGAUACAUCUUCACAACCUCAAUCCCAACCGCAGACACCAUGGUCACCAGAACAGUCUCUUCCAACGAGCGUGGCCACACCGUCACAGGCACACAUUGAGCUGGAGGACGCAGAGACGCAGACCGCACGAUGGACACCAAUGAUCGAGAGCAUCCGGAGGGAGGCCGAGGACACUGCCAUACUGAUCAUGGAGGAACGGUUGAUACAGGAGCGUUUAGCAAUGGCCCGGAUGGCUGAAGAAGUGGCGCGGCACACGGCAGAGUUGGCUGUGAGAGAGCUGGCACAGGCCCGCUUCGGCAUUCAGACCAUUGCGGAGGAACCAGAAGAUGUUGAUCAAGAAUUACAAGUGCUCCAGGAAGAGGAGAGUGAAGUCGAAGCCAUACAGAAUCAAAUUACAGAGUGUCAGUUACCUUCAGUUAAAGAGUUUGUUCCAGAAGGACCGGAGGAAGAGGCUGUACAGCCUGCUUUCACAACUGAAACCCCUGUGGAGGAGUUCAAGCCUGUAGAGGAGGAAGCAGAGGCUGAAUCUGAACCUGAAGAGCUUCAUGAGGAGGAAGAGGAGCACAGGGACUCCAGCGAGGCUGAAGAAGAAUCAGACCCCAUCACUAAACAACCUCAGUCUGUUACCUGCAGCUGUAAUUUACGAAGUGUUUCACCGGUUGAGAGUGCAGCUGCUGAAGAGGAAAGUGUUGUCCCUUCCAGAUGUCAUGCGCUGAAGAGCUGUUGCUUGCGUAUACCAUUUGCGCAACAAGCCCUGGACAACUUCAAUCAGUUCCUGAUAGACAUUGAAGUCACCUUGCCCACAGUGCCUUCCAUGCCCAGUCUCCCUCCUGUUGUGACUCAGUUAAUCGAACAGCUGCCUCCGCUCCCUCCUCAGCUAGCACAGCUGCAGCAACAAAUCUCUCAGCUUCCUCAACAAAUUUCUCAACAAUUCUCUAAAAUCACCCCAGAAUUCCCAAAUAGUGCAUCUCAGAUUCCUGGCUUCCCCGUGCAGUUAUCCAACCUCUCCCAACAGCUGUCCAACAUUCCAUCUCUAAUAUUCCGCAACAACUCUCCAGCAUUCCGCAGAAAAUAUCCAGCAUCCCGCAGUGCGCCCAACAGUGCUACACUAACCUCCGGAGCCGUCUCAACAUACUUAAGCCAGAUCAAGAUGCUGAAGGAUCAACCUCAGAGCAGUAGGGAUCUGGAGUUGGACCAUCUCGUCCGACAGUCCCCGCUUCAUUCCCCCCGUACCCCCUCGCCCUCCUCCCCAAGCUCCAUCCUAGACUUGCCCAAUGUGCCCUCUUACCCCCGUCUGCCACCCAUCGCUCCUUCACGCCAGUUAUCAAGCGUCUCCAACACAGCCUUCCAAACUGAGGACAAUCCCACCUCUGCUAGACCUUCAGUGAGCUCCAGACUGAGUGUGCACCCGGCCGUGAAUGUGGAAGAUGUUGAUUCAGACCUAGGGAAAGGAGGAAGAAGGUCUCGCCCCAUUCCCCCAAUUAUAAACCUGCAGGAUACCAACCUCAAAACCCUCACUGUGCCUGGUGCCCGUAAAGCCAGUCGGACUAGGUAAAUAUUAGACCGAAAACCACAGACAAUUUGGACCAAGAUCAAGAGACUUUACUCACAGGAUGAUGAGGAAGAGGAAGAGUUAGAAACUGCAGUUCGGGCCUGGCCUAGCCAGAGUAGCAUCUCAAGCGCAGAUGAUGGGCUUAAUCAGCGGCCAGCGUCUUCCGCCAGCCAGGCUAGUACCGUAGUAAACGAGAGGUUACAGGAGCUGGUCAAGCUUUUUAAAGAGAGAACGGAGCGGGUCAAAGAGAAACUGAUUGAUCCAGACAAUUCAGAUGAUGACACACCACCUGCCACCCCAUCUAAGCAGGCUCCAGCUCCUCCUCCUGAACCUCCAGCAGAGCAGAAAGCAGAGCAGGAGGCGCCUGAGGCCCCAGCCGAGAAAGAAGAGGAGACGACAAAGUUCCUGUGCUUUAAAGUGAAACCUCAGACUAGGAUUGGCCGGCUUUUACGGUAUCGUUUUCCAGCCAGCAUCGACCCCUUCACUAAUCUGUUCUACGUGCUCUGGCUGUUCUGCGUGUCUUUGGCGUUCAACUGGAAUGCAUGGAUGAUUCCUGUGCGCUCAGCGUUUCCUUAUCAAACACCGGAAAACAUCCACGUGUGGCUGUUAAUUGACUACUUGUGCGAUACCGUCUACAUUCUGGACGUCCUGGCCUUUCAAUCCCGACUGCAAUUUGUCCAACAUGGGGACAUUGUGAGUGACAAGAAAUUGAUGAGAGCUAAUUACAUCAAAACAGUACGUUUUAAGCUGGAUGUGCUCAGUCUACUUCCUCUGGAGCUUCUCUACUUCAAAACAGGGAUUAAUCCGCUCCUCCGCUUGCCUAGAAUCCUGAAGUUUAUGGCUUUCUUUGAGUUCAACAAGCGUCUUGAAGCUAUCCUGACCAAUCCUUAUAUUUACAGAGUCAUUCGAACCACCACUUACUUGCUGUUUGCCGUCCACUGCAAUGCCUGUCUGUAUUACUGGGGCUCUUCAUAUGAAGGUCUGGGUAUUUCAGACUGGACCUAUGAUGGGGCAGGCAAUAGUUACAUUCGCUGUUACUACUUUGCUGUGAGGGCUCUGUUGACCAUCGGUGGCCUGGCAGGACCCACCACGCUUUUUGAGAUGGUGUUUCAGCUCAUCAAUUACUUCAGUGGGGUGUUUGUGUUCUCCAUCAUGAUUGGUCAGAUGAGAGAUGUCGUAGGCGCAGCCACUGCGGCGCAGACAAACUACCGUGCCUGUGUAGAUAAUACAGUAAAGUACAUGGCCUCCUACCGUAUCCCUAAAGAUGUGCAGAAGAGGGUGAAAACCUGGUACAGCUACACAUGGCAGUCCCAAGGCAUGCUGGAUGAACAAGAGCUACUAGAUCAACUACCUGACAAGAUGAGGCUGGAUAUAGCAGUUGAUGUCAGCUACUCCAUUAUCAGUAAAGUGCCGCUCUUCCAAGGCUGCGACAGACAGAUGAUCUUCGACAUGUUGAAGAGGCUCAAAUCAGUGGUGUAUCUUCCAGGAGAUUAUGUCUGCAAGAAGGAUGAAGUGGGCCGUGAGAUGUACAUUAUAAAGGCUGGCGAGGUGCAGGUAGUCGGCGGUCCGGAUGGAAAGACGGUAUUUGUGACCCUGAAAGCAGGAGCGGUGUUUGGAGAGGUCAGCUUGCUUGCUGUGGGUGGAGGGAACAGACGAACCGCUAACGUUGUAGCUCGGGGCUUUGCUAACCUCUUCAUCUUGACCAAAAAAGACCUGAAUGAGAUCAUGGUUCACUAUCCAGAGUCCCAGAAACUGCUCCGCAAGAAAGCAAAGAAAAUGCUGAUGAAGGAUAAAAAGCCUGCUGAGAAGAAGGGUGAGGAGAAGGAGCCCGUCCCGAUUAUUCCUCCUCGUGCCGAGACACCCAAACUCUUAAAAGCAGCGCUGGAGAUGACGGAGAAAUCAGGAAUAAGAGGAACAUGGACCAAACUGAAGGACAGGGCCAACAGAUCAAGUGUCUCGCUGCAGCGCUCUAUCUCUUCUUCUGCGGCGCCCAACUCACCAGUCCAUGAACCUCAUUCAGAUCAAGACGCAGACUCUCUGUCUCAGAUAUCAGACAGCUCCAUGCAAAUCCCCACCACCCCCACCGGCACUGCAGACGCCAGCAUAUUUACUGAAGAGGACCAAAUCAAAUAGAAAACAUAUAAUCCAUAUGAAAUGAACAUCCCAGGCAGCUGAGACACCAGAAAUAUCAGCAGGACAGUGUUGUUCACAGUCGGGUCAUGGGGUCAGGUACAGUAACAAAAAACAUCUCAGGAAUGCUGACAAGUUUUCUCGUCUAAACCUGCACAGUUUCAGUGUAUUAUACUAAUCAAAAUAGUAAUAAGCAUACAAACAAUUUUCAUGCACUGGAGAU